GAUGAGGCGCUGAUAGAGCGCGAGCGCGAGUAUGUGCUGCGGGAGCUGCGUACAGAGAAUAAACCGGCCGCGGGCGGGUGUCAAUAGUUCCGCUGUAGUGAGUUUAUGAUGAGUUUGAGUUGAGCGGGUGAUGAGAGAGAGCGGAGCGCCGCGCUGCUGAGGCGGGAGAGGGGGACGGGCGGAUGGUGCGGAGCUGAGUUAAACCGGGGUUUAUCUGUGAAGUCGCGCGCGCUGCUCGCGGGCUGUGCUCCGCGCUGAGGGGCGAUGUCGCUGCCCGCGCAACCCGAGACGAGGAAGUUCACACGGGGGCUCAGCAAGCCGGGCACCGCCGCGGAGCUCCGGCAGAGCGUGUCUGAGGUGGUGAGGACCUCAGUCCUCGUGGUAAAGCCCCGUGUGAUCGAGCCGUUGGAUUAUGAAAGUGUGCUAGUCCAGAGGAAGACACAGAUCCUAAGUGAUGUUCUUCGAGACAUGCUGCAGUUUCCCCUGGAGGACUUCCAGACGUGCAUUCUGCGCCGGCUAAUCCGCACUGUGUAUCCAUCAGUCCCAGAGAACGCUCAGAGAGAGGCACACAGCCUGUUCGUGCAGGAGUGUAUCAAGACCUACAGAUCAGACUGGCAUGUUGUCAACUACAAGUUUGAAGAUUAUUCUGGUGAUUUUCGUCAGCUGCCCAAUAAAGCAUCUAGACCUGAUAAGCUGGCAGUUCACGUGUUUGAAGUGGACGAGGACGUGGAUAAAGAUGAGGACACAGCCUCCUUAGGCUCUCAGAAGGGAGGAAUCAGCAGACAAGGCUGGCUCUACAAAGGCAACAUGAACAGUGCUAUCAGCGUCACAAUGAGGUCUUUCAAACGGAGGUAUUUUCACCUCACGCAGUUGGGAGACGGCUCCUAUAACCUGAACUUCUACAAGGACGAGAAGAUUUCCAAGGAGCCCAAAGGAACCAUCUUCCUGGAUUCUUGCAUGGGUGUGGUUCAGAAUAAUAAGGUGCGUCGGUUUGCGUUUGAGCUGAAGAUGCAGGAUAAGAGCGCGUAUCUGCUGGCUGCGGAUUCCGAGAGUGAGAUGGAGGAGUGGAUCAACACACUUAACAAAAUCCUGCACAGUAGCUUUGAGCUGGCCAUGCAGGAGAAGAGGAACGGAGACCUACAUGACGAUGAUGAAGUGGGGAAGGCAGACAGCUCUUCGGGGAGUAUGGACAGCUUUCAGAGUACACGAGACAUUGAGUCUAAAAUGAGGAAUGAGACUCGACUAAAGCUCUUCACGCUGGAUCCAGACACACAGAAAUUGGACUUCUCUGGGAUUGAGCCUGAAGUCAAACCGUUUGAAGAGAAGUUUGGGAAACGGAUUCUUGUAAAAUGCAACGACCUGGCGUUCAACCUCCAGAGCUGUGUGGCAGAGAAUGAAGAAGGACCAACCACCAAUGUGGAGCCUUUCUUUGUCACCCUCUCUCUGUUCGAUAUUCAGAACAGUCGAAAGAUCUCUGCAGAUUUUCAUGUAGAUCUGAACCACCCCUCAGUCAGAGCCAUGGUGCCCGGCUCUGGAGCUCAGAUCAUGAACGGAGCCUCAGACUUGACACAGCACACCACAAACGGGCUACCAGAGAGCGCACUGCAGUAUCCACGACAGGGAGUGUUUUCUGUGAUGUGUCCACACCCUGAUAUCUUCCUGGUGGCUCGGAUUGAAAAGAUUCUGCAGGGAGGAAUAACUCACUGUGCUGAACCAUACAUGAAGAACUCCGACUCCACCAAGGCUGCCCAGAAGGUGCUGAAGAAUGCUAAAUUAGCAUGCAGUAGACUUGGUCAGUACAGAAUGCCAUUUGCGUGGGCAGCCAGGCCUCUGUUUAAGGAUGCAUCUGGGACAUUGGAUAAGUCUGCACGUUUCUCCCCAAUCUACAGACAGGACAGUAACAAGCUCUCUAACGAGGACAUGUUCAAACUGCUGGCAGAUUUCAGGAAACAAGAGAAGAUGGCUAAGCUGCCAGUGAUUUUGGGGAAUCUGGACGUUACUAUUGACAGCGUGGCCCCGGAUCUUCCUAACUGUAUAACCUCCUCAUAUCUGCCCGUGCGUCAGUUUGAGAGCAGUGAUUGGAACGGGGUGCUGUUUGAAGUCGAGGAGUUUGUGCCAUGUUUAGCUAAAUGCUCUCAACCCUUCACCACCUACAACAACCAUCUAUACGUCUACCCACGGCAGCUCCGAUACGAUGGCCAGAAGGCUUUCGCUAAGGCCAGGAACAUUGCUGUGUGUGUGGAGUUCAGAGACUCUGAUGAGGAGGAUGCUCUUCCUGUAAAGUGUAUAUAUGGUCGUCCAGGCGGACCUCUCUUCACCAAGAAUAUCAUUGCUGCGGUGUUGCAUCAUCAGCAAACCCCUGAGUUUUAUGAUGAGUUUAAGAUCGAGCUGCCAACUCAGCUGAAUGAGAAGCAUCACCUCCUGUUCACGUUCUACCAUGUCAGCUGUGACAGCAACAGCAAAGCUAGCACCAAGAAACGGGAGCAGGUGGAGACACAGGUGGGCUAUGCAUGGCUGCCAUUACUAAAGGAUGGUAGAGUGAUCAUGAAUGAGCAGCAGAUUCCUGUAGCUGCAAAUCUGCCUGCAGGCUACCUCAGCUGCCUGGAGAGCAACAGCAAGCAGCACGCUGGUCCUGAAGUGAAGUGGGUGGAUGGAGGAAAGUCGCUGUUUAAAGUCUCCACUCACCUGGUCUCCACUGUCUACACACAGGAUCAACACUUGCACAACUUCUUCCACCACUGUGAGAGCAGUGUGUAUCCACCCCAGUCCACCGGAGGAGAGCUGAUCAAAUACCUGAAGAGUCUGCAUGCGAUGGAGGCUCAUGUGAUGAUAAACUUCCUCCCUACAGUCCUGAACCAGCUGUUCCGUGUGCUGACCAGUGCAGCACAAGAUGACGUUGCUGUCAAUGUCACCAGAGUGAUGGUCCAUAUUGUAGCUCAGUGCCAUGAGGAAGGCUUGGAACACUACCUCCGCUCAUAUGUCAAGUACGUGUUUAAGACAGAUGCAAACACAGCUACUGGUAAAACAGUGCAUGAGGAGCUGGCCAAGGCCAUGACCACCAUCCUCAAGCCCUCCACAGACUUCCUCACCAGUAACAAACUGCUGAAGUACUCCUGGUAUUUCUUCGAGGCUUUAGUGAAGUCCAUGGCCCAGUACCUGAUAGAGAGCGGAAAAGUCAGGCUGUCCAGAAACCAGCGUUUCUCAGCCUCCUUCCACCACACAGUGGAGACCCUGGUGAACAUGAUGAUGCCUCACAUCACGCAGAAAUACAAAGACAAUCUGGAUGCAGCGCGCAACGCCAACCACAGCCUGGCUGUCUUCAUAAAGCGUUGUUUUACUUUCAUGGAUCGAGGUUUUGUCUUCAAGCAAAUCAACAACUACAUCAACUGCUUCAUGCCUGGAGAUGCAAAGACGCUGUAUGAGUUUAAGUUUGAGUUUCUGAAGGUGGUGUGUAACCACGAGCACUACAUUCCACUCAAUCUGCCUAUGCCUUUUGGGAAAGGGCGGAUACAGAGAUUCCAAGUUCACUGCUCCAGUAUGGAGUCUCAGUCUGAUGUAGAUCUCCAGUUGGACUACUCUCUAACAGACGACUUCUGUAGGAAUCACUUUCUGGUGGGCUUGUUGUUAAGGGAGGCGAGUGGAGCUCUGCAGGAGUUCAGAGACAUCCGUCAAAUUGCCAUCCAGGUGCUGAAGAACCUGAUGAUCAAACAUACCUUUGAUGAUCGCUACACAUCUAAGAGUCAGCAGGCGAGGAUGGCCACUCUAUACCUGCCUCUCUUUGGGCUACUUCAGGAGAAUGUCCACAGGCUCAACAUUAAAGACUCCUCCCCCUUCACCAACAACGUCUCCAACAGCAAUGGACGAGAUGAACCGAUCCUCAACAGCUCUUUAAUGACACCUCCUAAAUCAGGGGGACAUAUAGAGAGCAGCCUCCACAAGGAUGUGUUUGGAGUCAUCUCUGGAACAGCCACUCCACACAUGUCCUCCACUCCGAAUGUAAGCUCCGUCCGACACUCUGACUCCCGUGGCUCUCUCAUCAGCACCGACUCAGGAAACAGCCUAUCAGAGCGCAACAAUGACAAGCACCAUGCCCUAGACAAGUGUAAUGUGGCUGCAGCUCUAGGCGGAUCCCUCCUGCGCUGUGAUAAACUGGAGCAGUCUGAAGUGAAGAGCCUGUUGAUGUGUUUCUUACACGUUCUCAAAAGCAUGUCCGAAGAUGCACUCUUCACCUACUGGAAUAAAGCUUCAUCUGGAGAUCUGAUGGACUUCUUCACUUUGUUAGAAUUGUGUCUUCACCAGUUCAGGUAUAUGGGGAAAAGAUACAUUGCCAGGAACCAGGAGGCGGGGCCUGUAACACACGAGCGCAAGUCUCAGACUCUGCCUGUGUCCCGCAGUAGAGCCGGAAUGAUGCACGCUCGCUUACAGCAGCUCAGCAGCCUGGAUAACUCUUACACUUUCAACCACACAUACAGCCAUUCAGAUGCAGAUGUGCUGAACCAGUCACUACUGGAGGCGAACAUCGCUACUGAGGUGUGUUUGACUGUGCUGGACACACUAAGCGUCUUCAUCAUGGGAUUUAAGACCCAGCUGAGCUUGGAUUAUGGCCAUAACCCACUAAUGAAGAAAGUGUUUGCGGUCCACCUGUGCUUCCUGCAAAUCAACCAGUCAGAGACCGCCCUCAAGCAGGUCUUCACUUUCCUGCGCACCUUCAUCUACAAGUUCCCGUGCACGUUUUUCGAGGGCCGUGCAGACAUGUGUGCUUCCUUCUGUUACGAGAUCUUGAAGUGUUGUAACUCCAAACUCAGCUCCAUCCGAAGUGAUGCAGCCCACCUGCUCUACUUCCUGAUGAAGAGCAACUUUGACUACACUGGCCGGAAGUCCUUCGUCCGCACCCACCUACAGGUUGUGAUUGCAGUCAGUAAGUUGAUUGCUGACGUCAUUGGGAUUGGUGGGACACGGUUUCAGCAGUCACUUUCCAUCAUCAAUAACUGUGCCAACAGUGACAAGACCAUUAAAAACACAGCAUUCCCAUCCGAUGUGAAGGACCUGACCAAGCGUAUCCGUACAGUUCUGAUGGCCACGGCACAGAUGAAGGAACAUGAGCGAGACCCAGAAAUGCUGGUGGAUCUACAGUACAGCCUGGCCAAAUCUUAUGCCAGCACACCUGAAUUACGCAAGACCUGGCUGGACAGCAUGGCCCGCAUUCAUGUUAAAAAUGGGGACCUGUCUGAGGCUGCCAUGUGCUAUGUGCAUGUAGCAGCGCUGGUAGCCGAGUACCUGCGGAGAAAAGGCAUGUUUAAGCAAGGCUGCUCAGCGUUCAGAGUGGUGACUCUAAACAUUGAGGAGGAGGCGUCAAUGAUGGAGGACGUGGGCAUGCAGGACGUGCACUUUAACGAGGACGUUCUGAUGGAACUGGUAGAAGAGUGUGCUGAUGGACUGUGGAAAGCAGAGCGAUAUGAACUCAUCUCUGACAUCUACAAACUCAUCAUACCCAUCUAUGAGAAACGCAGAGACUUUGAGAAAUUGGCUCACCUUUAUGAGACGCUACAUCGUGCAUACAGUAAGGUUGCGGAGGUGAUGCACACAGGCAAGCGGCUGCUGGGAACCUACUUCAGAGUGGCUUUCUUUGGGCAGGGAUUCUUUGAAGAUGAGGAUGGUAAAGAAUACAUCUACAAAGAGCCAAAAUUCACCCCUCUGUCUGAGAUCUCCCAGAGACUCCUCAAGCUCUACUCUGAGAAGUUUGGAGCUGAAAAUGUCAAGAUGAUCCAGGACUCUGGCAGGAUCAACCCUAAAGACUUGGACUCAAAGUAUGCGUAUAUACAAGUGACCCAUGUCACUCCGUUCUUGGAGGAGAAAGAGCUGGCAGACAGAAAAACAGAGUUUGAGAAAAGUCACAACAUCUGCCGCUUCGUCUUCGAGACGCCCUUCACUGUGACGGGCAAAAAGCAGGGGGGCAUCGAGGAGCAGUGGAAACGCAGGACUAUACUCACAACCACACACUUUUUCCCAUACGUAAAGAAGCGCAUAGCAGUGAUGUACCAGCACCACACGGACCUGAACCCCAUAGAGGUGGCCAUUGAUGAGAUGAGUAAGAAGGUGGCUGAGCUGCGGCAGCUGUGUGCCAGCAGUGAGGUGGACAUGAUCAAACUCCAGCUCAAACUGCAGGGCAGCAUCAGUGUACAGGUGAAUGCUGGCCCACUAGCCUACGCCAGAGCUUUCCUAGACGACACCACAUCUAAGAGAUACCCUGACAACAAAGUCAAACUACUCAAAGAAGUCUUCAGGCAGUUUGUGGAAGCAUGUGGUCAUGGUCUCGGCAUUAAUGAAAGACUGAUAAAAGAGGACCAGCAGGAGUAUCAUGAUGAGAUGAAGGCCAACUACAGAGAUCUCACCAGGGAACUCUCCGCCAUUAUGCAUGAGCCAAUCAAUCCAGUGGAAGAUGCUAUGAAGAGCACGCUGCCUGACUCGCUGCACAUCUUCAACGCUAUCAGUGGCACUCCCACUGGAACCAGUAUCCAGGGCCUCCCCAGCUCCUCCUCUGUGGUGUGAGCUUCAGCCUGCAUUGAAUGUGGACCUGCAAUGCUUUUUAAAUGAGCCCUGCGCUGAGAUUUUCACAUCUAAACCCCAGACUUUCUGCAGAGGUCUGUGUUUUUUAGGCACUGUAACAUUCCAAUAGAUAAAUGAGGAGUUCAGUCUGGCUGGAUGUUCACUGUCUUGCCAGCAUUUGGAGGUUUAUUCUUUGUUGUUUUUGUCUUCUUUUUUUCCAACUCCAUUCUGGCUGUGGAUCUGAGUUACUGUUUCCUGUGGAGACUUUUUAAGCAUAUUUUACCCUUUAUCAGCCAACUAUUUUUUAUUAUUAAUGAUUUCUAUGUUUCUUUUUAUUUUUAAGGUAAAAUUCAGAAAUACUAUAUGUACAGAAUUCCAAUGGUAAAUGUCUGACAAAUGGUUUGUUUUAGUUCUGCUUCUUUUUCUGAAUCCAGCCUUUCUCUUCUGCUUUUAUAUGAAUGAAAAAUAAAUGUUUUAUUUCAACACCACUGAGCUUUAAAUGGAUAAACUCACAGAGACAUUGUUCACCUUAAAUCACUGCAAUGUCUUAGGGGAAGAGUGAUUUUAAAGCCAUGAUGUAAUGUAAGUGUAUUAUUCUUGUGUGUGUGUAUAUAUAAAUUUCUAAACCGAGUGCAAUAUGUAGCAAGCUGAGCUCUUGCUGUGUUCAAUACACUGUAAGAAUGGUGUUGAUCCUUCUUGCCAAAGAGCGGAGGAGAGGAGCCAGUGAAGGAGCAGACACACUUUACCACAUUAGUGUUCUUUCAAAUGUUUAUCAGAUAUCUUUUAUAUUCACAAUGGGGAUUUUUUUCCAAUCUCUAUUUAAUAAAAAAAACUGUUCUGCUGUAUUUAAACUAAAAUGUCCUCUAAUUCUUUUUAAUAAAAGUCACAAAUUUUAAA